AUGGCUGCCCUGGGCAUCACGGUCGCCCUGCUGGUGUGGAUGGCCACCCUGCUGCUCAUCUCCAUCUGGAAGCACAUCUACAGCAGCUGGAAACUGCCCCCUGGCCCUUUCCCACUGCCCAUCAUUGGGAAUCUUUUACAACUGGAUAUUAAGAACAUUCCCAAAUCCUUCACCAGGCUGGCAGAGAAGUACGGGCCGGUGUUCACCCUGUACCUGGGCUCUCGGCGCGUCAUGGUUGUGCACGGCUACAAGCCCGUGAAGGAGGUACUGCUUGACUACAAGAAAGAGUUUUCCGGCAGAGGAGAAAACCCCGGGUUCCAGGUGCACGAGAACAAUGGGGUCAUUUUCAACAAUGGACCAACCUGGCGGGACACCCGGCGGUUCUCGUUGACCACCCUCCGUGACUUAGGGAUGGGAAAACAGGGCAAUGAGCAGCGGAUCCAGACGGAGGCCCGCUUCCUGCUGGAGGUGCUCAGGAAGACCCAGGGCCAGCCCUUUGACCCCACAUUUGUCAUUGGCUUCGCGCCUUACAAUGUCAUCUCUGACAUCCUCUUCCACAAACGCUUUGACUAUAAAGACAAGACGAGUUUGAGGUUGAUGAGUUUGUUCAAUGAGAACUUCUACCUGCUCAGUACCCCCUGGAUCCAGCUUUAUAAUAAUUUCCCAGACUACCUACAGUACCUGCCUGGAAGCCAUAGAAAGCUAAAGAAAAAUGUGUCUGAAGUAAAAGAUUACGCUUUAGAAAGAGUGAAGGAUCACCAGAGGUCCCUGGAGCCCAGCUGCCCCCGAGGCUUCACUGACACCAUGCUGAUAGAAAUGGCGAAGGAAAAGCACAGUGCAGACCCCAUGUACACCUUGGAGAACAUCGCUGUGACUGUGGCCGACCUGCUCUUUGCGGGGACAGAGACCACCAGCACCACCCUGCGAUAUGGGCUCCUGAUUCUCAUGAAAUACCCAGAGAUUGAAGAGAAACUUCAUGAAGAAAUUGACAGGGUGAUUGGGCCAAGCCGAAUCCCUGCCGUCAAGGACAGGCUGGACAUGCCCUACCUGGAUGCCGUGGUGCAUGAGAUUCAGCGAUUCAUCGACCUCAUUCCCUCCAAUCUGCUCCACGAAGCAACCCAGGACACAGUGUUCAGAGGAUACGUCAUCCCCAAGGGCACAGUCGUAAUUCCGACGCUGGACUCUCUCUUGUAUGAUAAGCAAGAGUUUCCUGAACCAGAGAAGUUUAAACCAGAGCACUUUCUGAAUGAAAAUGGAAAGUUCAAGUACAGUGACCAUUUUAAGGCAUUUUCUGCAGGAAAGCGGGUGUGUGUUGGAGAAGGCCUGGCUCGCAUGGAACUAUUCCUGUUAUUGGCCGCCAUCCUGCAGCACUUUAACUUGAAGUCGCUUGUUGACCCCAAGGAUAUCGACCUCAGCCCCAUUGCAAUUGGGUUUGCCAAGAUCCCUCCCCGUUACAAACUCUGUCUCAUUCCCCGCUCAAAAGUGUGAGGCACAAACACCCUGAAACCCUGGGCUCCCCUGCAUCCU